AUGGCCGAGUUCCAAGCCAUUAUCUUGGCUGGCGGUCGCGGCAUCCGCCUAUACCCUUUAACCGAGGAAACACCCAAGGCCCUCCUACCAGCAAAUGGAAAGCCGCUACUUUGGUAUCAACUCAAUCUUCUAGAGACAUCAGGAUUUACUGAGGUGCUUGUGCUUACGUUACCUGACUUGGUACCCCCAAUCCAAGACUAUGUGACCCGCGAAUUCGACGGUAAAAUUCACGUAGAAAUUUGCGAAGUCACGGAGAACACAGAAACGGCGGAUGCACUUCGAGAGGUAGCUGAUAGAAUUAAGCGCGACUUCAUUGUGCUUGCCGGAGAUCUGGUUACAGACGUGGUGCUGCACAAUAUGGCAGAUUUCCAUCGCAUAAACGACGCCAGCGUCACUAUGCUGCUGCGCCAAGAAGUGAGUACUCGUAAGACAAAAGGAGAAAAAUCACGUCGCGAUAAAGAUAUGACAGAUUGUUUUGCGCUCGUUGAGGGCCAGCGGGACGAGGAGAACCGUGUUGUAGUAGCUUCGCAGGCCGUGCACAUGAAUGAAGACCUUUACGUGGCAAAGAGUCUACUUAAGCGUCGUAGCAAUUUUGUGCUACACACGGAUUUGUACGACGGUCAUUUUUACUUCUUCUCACAUUGGGUGCUCGAUCUUUUACAAGAGAAAAAGUAUAUUUCAAGUAUCAAGGUCGACUUAGUUCCCCACCUCGUUCGUCGUCAAUUCCGAGGAAAAGAAGCAUUACCAUCAAAUGUGAGGGAGAAGGCGGCUAGUAAACAGGAGCUUGCGGCAUCACUGUCGCUUUCAAAAGAGAAACAUGACCCUGAGGAUUUAGUGCGCUGUUUCGCUUACGUCCUGCCACCGAAUGCCUACUGCGAACGUGCAGACACUAUUCCAGCGUACCGAGCUAUGAACGAGGAAGUUGGUUCGCGAUUGCGUAUCAAGCGUUCAGGAUCAAUUUCAAAUUAA